CGACACCAAACACAUCAUGAACCCCCUCACUGCUCUGCUCACCUUGAUGGCGGCCGCCGCCACCUCCGCCACGACCUACUGCGGCGACUCGGCCCUCAAGCUCACCUCGUACAACCCCGGUGCUUCUGCCAUCUUCCCCGUCUCGUCCUUUGGCAAGUCCCAGGCGCAGGCCGUCGUCGACCUCGUCAAGGCCAGCGGCAAGCACCUCACGACCAUCUACGUGAGCCACGGCGACCCCGACUACUACUUUGGCCUCGACACGAUCCGCACUGCGUUCCCGGACGCUGCCAUCGUGGCUACGGCGCCCGUCGUCGAGCACAUCAAGGAGACGGUUGACGCCAAGCUCAAGGCGUGGGCCAAGGAUCUCGGUGCGGACGCGCCGGCCAAGACCAUCAUCCCGGACGUCUUGAAGACUGACAAGCUCACGCUUGAAGGCCACUCGCUCGAGAUCCGUGGUCCCGCGGCCCGCAGCUAUGUCUGGAUCGACGACCUCAAGGCCGUCGUCGGCGGUGUCUUGAUCGAGAACAACAUCCACGCGUUCAUGGCGGACACGCAGACGCCCGAGUCGCACACCGAGUGGCUCAACGCGUUGACGGAGAUCCAAGCGCUCAAGCCCAGCGUCAUCUCCUGUAUCAGUGAUGCUGCACCCGCGUUCACGGCCAAGUACAUUCGCGACUUUGACAUGGAGACGACCAAGGCCAAGAACAGCACGGACCUUAUUGCGGCCAUGACGGCGUUGUACCCCAAGGCUGGCAGCGUCAUCAGUCUCCAGAUCAGCGCGCAGGUCGCCAAGGGCGAGAUGCCGUGGCCGUAAGCUUCUAGCGACUAGAACGAUCUGCC